AUGGCGUCCAAAGGCGUACGGAGCCUCAGUGAGGCGUUAAAGGCCCUCAGCAUAUCGUCUGGUUGCUCGACGACGAGGACGAGUCUUCUCCGGUCGACGGCCGCUGCGACACAGAGCCGGCCUUUCGUCCCAACAUCCUUCAGCCGAUCUCUAGCGACAGAAGCACCUACUCCCAGCGAGACGUCGACGCAGUCCAGACUCACAACCUCCACAACCUGGAAUCCGAUAUCAACCGUCCCCGUCACCAUCCACACCUUCCCCCACCUCGAACCCAUCUCCCUCGAAGACUGGUCCGUCAAACACCUCUACCUCCCCCUCCGCCGCGACCUCCUCCACCUCGCCGUCGUCUACGAAGGCGACAACACCCGCCAGGGCUCCGCCUCCUCCAAGACCCGCUGGGAAGUCCACGGCUCCCACCGCAAGAUCCGUCCCCAAAAGGGUACCGGCCGCGCCCGCCAGGGCUCCAAGCAGAGCCCCCUCAUCCGCGGAGGAGGAAAGUCCCACGGCCCGCACCCGCGCGACUUCUCGACCAACUUGCCUCGAAAGGUGUACGAUAAGGCGUGGCGUACUGCGCUUUCGUACCGCUACAGGCGUGGGGACCUCGUUGUUUGCGAGGAUGGAAUGGAUCUGCCGCUUUCGGAGGAUUACCAUAUGCUCGUCCAGGCCGACUACAUCAAGGGGGACCUCAAGGACGGAUACCUUCGCAAGCAGGCUAAGCAGCUCAUGUCGGCUCAUAACUGGGGCCGCGAGUUCGGCCGUACCCUCUUCGUCACUUCGGAUCCCCGCGCUACGCUUUUUGAUGCUGUUGCCCUCGCGGGUGAGGAUGGCCGUGCGCUCGAGGUUGAGGACGUCGAUGUCAAGGAUCUCCUUACCGAGGGUCGCGUCGUCGUUGAGCGCUCGGCUCUACGCCGUAUGAUUGAGGAGCAUCAGAGCGAUCUUGUGACACAGGUUGCUUUCAGCUCGGCUUUGCCUGAGGCAGCUGCCGUUUCGGCGGCGGCUGGUGCGGAGUAA